AUGAACGAUGAUGAUGGAAAUUGGAUGCUGAGGAAGUGGCUGCCACCACCGGAAGGAUCGAUUAGCUUCUGUGUCGACGGAAGCUUUAAUCACACUGGCAGGUUUAUGGGUUCUGGUGGACUAGUUCGUGAUCAUCAGGGGCAGUGGGUCUGCGGUUUCCACAGUUAUCUUGCGGGUGGCAGUGUUCUGCAAUCGGAAGCAAGGGCGUUGAAACUUAGCUUGCAACUAGUGUGGGAUCGCGGAUUCAGGGAGGUAUAUUGCAGUGUGGAUUGCAGCGAACUGAUUCGGGCGCUGGAGGAUGAAGACAACCACAGAUUCUUCCCCAUUCUUAGCGACAUCCGAGAGCUUAUCAGUAGACAGUGGAAGGUAUCUAUUUCUGAUAUUAGUCAGGACUGCAAUCAACCGGCGGAUUGGCUAGCCAGGAGAGGGGCAUUCACUUCAUCCAGGGCGCUGUGUAUCCUAGAUACCCCGCCGUCGGACUUAGAGAUCCUUGUCUUGAGGGAUCGUUUGACUCUUCCUUAG